CGAAAACAACGACCGACGACGUUAAAUCACUACCGGACUCUCUGGCUCUGGCAGUUGAAUAUACAACUUCGUUGUUCGCCUUCGCACAAAAAUAAUGUUAGCGCCGCCGCCGGGUUAAUAAAUUAUUUAUUUAUUUGUUUUCUUUUAUAUUUAAAAUCUUCUUACGAUUUACAAAAAUUCCAUAACUUAGUGCUCUUUGGAAUCAAUUAAAAAAUAUACAAUUUCGAGACAUUGUAGGAGGUUUUCAUAUUGAAAAAAAUAAAAACUGAAGUGAAAAAUUUACUUUUCAAAGAAGGAAAAAAUAAAAUCGAAACCAUGCUGAUAAGAAUUAUUUCGAAAACAAUAUUUGAAGGUGCAAAACAGUGAACUUCAUCUUCUGAUCAAAAGACACAUAAUUCUAAAAAAUAAUUAGUUUCAAAUUCAGCAACGAUAUAAAUCUUAAAACCAAACAUGGCGCCUACUCACAUAACGUGUUUAAUAUUCGUAGCUUUAAUAGUUCAUGCCUCAGCUGUUCCAAAAUCAAGAAUCUGUGCUCAGUUUCCCGAGGAUGAUUCAUCACAAGACGACGAUGAUUAUUCAGAAUAUGUAUCAAGUUCGUCACCGGAAGCAUUGUCAUCCACGAAUAGUUUAAGUAAACCAGUUGGAUCGACCAAUGCUGGUUCUGGAUCUGGAUCACCAAGUAAUUUUGUGGAAUGCUCCCAGGACUAUGAUUUUUGUUUUGGUCUUUGGUUUCUUGACACAAACGGCACCAAAAUAGUCAAACAAGGUUGCUGGAAAGAAAGUGGCGACAGAAAUGUAACGUGCGUGCAGAAAGAAUGCUUGAGCAUUGGCCAUACACGCACAAAUGGAGCCAUGAAUUUGUACUAUUGCUGCUGUUCUGGAGAUAUGUGCAACCAAAACAUGACAGUUAGUUAUCCAUUGGAGCUCUCGCACCCGAUAUACUCAACUAGCAGAGAGUUAACGGACAAAGAACUUGGUCGAACUGAAAGUGCUUCCUGGGUUAAUCCAAUUUUCCUGAUAGGUCUUUGCAUCGGCAUUGGAUUUCUUAUGGUUGGAUUUUUGUUUGUUCGAUGUCGGGAGCCGAAUAGCACAACCGGACCUGAGGAAGCUCCACUUGCUCCAUCGGGACCUGGAUAUAGUUCAAAUUUGCAUAACGUUGAUAAUUUAAAAGUGUGUUCAAUGAUUGGACAAGGAAAAUACGGAACCGUGUGGAAGGGUAUGAUUAACGAAAAUGCUGUUGCAGUGAAAAUAUUUCCCGCACAACAUAAACAAUGUUUCAUCAACGAGAAGAACAUUUAUUCACUGCCUCUAAUGGAUUCACCAUCCCUUUUAUCGUACAUUGGUUGUGAUGAGCGAAGGAAUAUGGAGGAUCAAAUUGAAUAUUUCCUGGUUUUAUCACUGGCACCUUUAGGUUGUCUGCAGGACUGGCUGAUAGCCAACACAAUGACAUUUAGCACGUUUUGUAAAAUGGCCAAAAGUAUAACACGAGGCCUGUCACAUCUGCACACUGAACUCCAAAGAGGUGACGACUUAAAGCCUUGCAUAGCCCAUCGAGAUCUCAACACACGGAACAUUCUUGUCAAUGCUGAUCUCUCCUGCGCGAUUGCUGAUUUUGGCUUUGCCUUGAAAGUUUUCGGAUCAAAAUACGAGUAUCGUGGUGAAAUAGCUCUAGCAGAGACAAAGAGCAUCAACGAGGUGGGAACGCUUCGGUAUAUGGCCCCUGAGAUUCUGGAAGGAGCAGUCAAUUUACGGGACUGUGAGUCAGCAUUGAAACAAACCGAUGUUUAUUCCCUGGGAUUGUGUCUUUGGGAACUCUGCACUAGAUGCAGUGACUUUUACGCUUACGGACAAGCUGUACCAGCCUACAAGUCCCCUUAUGAAUCAGAAGUGGGAAAACACCCAACCUUCGAACAAAUGCAGGUUCUUGUAGCUCGACACAAGGCCCGACCACUAUUCCCAUCUUGCUGGGGAGGUGCUGCAGCUGGAAAAUUGAUCAAAGAUACUUGUGAGGAUUGCUGGGAUCACGAUGCUGAAGCUCGUCUCACUUCUCUCUGUGCUGAAGAACGAAUGCACGAGCUGAGCAAUUUAAGACCUCAUUCACACACUAGCCUAGGACAUGGACCCAGUCCACCCUUGAGUGCAAAUAAUUUUGUAGGACAAUCUCCGACAAGGCGUCUGCGUAGCUUGUCAUCGAACUCAUGCAAUCUAGAGUCCGAGCAGACAAUUGUAACUCCACCAAAUCAAAUCAUUCCAAGGGUUCGAAGUUGUGGCAAUGAGGCAACAACCACAAUAUCAGGACUGCAAUCAGCCUCGACAACAGAAAAAAAUCACCUCAUCUAUUCACAACAGCUUCAGCCAUACCAAGGUCGAAAUCCAUGUCAGGAGAGAAAUCUGGCUCCUGUAGCUUUGAAGACAAUCCCGAUUUUGGUUGAGAAAAGCAAGAAACACAGCUUUCAGGACAAGUCCCAGGACAAUAGUUUUUCGUGCCUAGAGGACGAUGUAUCAGUUGAAGAUCUCAUUUCGUCGAACUCCAAGAAACUCACCCAAGAUACCGUGCACAUGGGUCAAGGUUUCCCCAAGCAGAAUAACACAGAUAAGAAGUUACGCGGUUGGCAUGGGGUUCGAGCACUCAUCCAAAAAAAGCUCUUCCGCAAAGACUUCUAUCAGACUUUCGAUGAAAAGUCAAACCUAGUCGAUAAUCGUAGUAUAACCAAGUCUCCCCUAGAUCAGUUCACCUCACCCACCAAGAACACCACAGUCAAUCUAAUUGAAACCAAGCAUCACAACUGUCAGAACAGCAUCCUCACCACAGUCGACUCGUCAAGCACAAGGCGACCAAACAAUUUAGAUCUCGUCCCCAUCACAGUCCGCGUUAACGGACUCUCCCCAGAAAACAAAUCGAAUUUAAUAAAAAGCAUCUCUGAAGAGUGUCACAAUAAUUCCAGCAUCUAUCCCGCUGAGAUACCGAGUGUAGGAAGUGAUGUUGUUGACUCUGGUGUUGGCACUGGCCCACGAAUGGUCUUGUCCCGUUCGGCGAAUGCAGUGAAAAACAUUCCCAAGGCUUCUACGCCUCAGGCUCUAUCCGAAGAGAAGCAAAUAGUUCGUCAACGAAGCCUUGAACUCUUUAGGGAAGUCUUCAAUGCGAGAGGAAGCUCAUCGACAGCCGAUAAACGUCUUCGUAAUCCCAGUCAGCGCGUUAAAACUCCCGGCGAUGUUCCGCCAUCUGUACGCAAAGUUCGUGCUUCGAAAACUCUAAGUCUCUACGAUGAUCGAAUGAUGGACUCCUCAACGCUUAAUAUUCUCUAGCAUGAGGAGGUCCUGCUGCUGGAAUUGUAGGCAGGACGCGAAACAAAUAAUUAUUUUUUAACAGCUUUUUAGUUUAAGAUUUUGUACAUACAACUUUACAGACACUGCGUAGAUAUGUGACAAAUGUAUAACAUUCUGCAAAAUUUGUAGAUCUGUACUAAGACUCAUUUUCUUAUUUUAUAACCUAAAUUUAGAAGAAAAAAAAACGUUUUUUAUAGAAAUAAUUUGUAGAAAGUAGUUAACUUGCCUUAUAGACAAACAAAAACAAAAAACAACAUACAAAAUAGGAAGUUUCCAGUUGUAUACCAAGAAGACUUGCUUAGAAAACCAAAAAACUUUAAAUUUGUAAAACUUUUUUCUUAAUUUUUUUUAUAAGAUAAAAAAAAAUUAAAUAAUUGGACCAAGUGUUGCCAUAUUAGAGAAAUUGAUCAAUCACAGGGUGUUUUGUGCGAUAUUUAAAAAAAAAAAUAAAAAAAAAAUUAAAAAUUUCUCGGAAUUAGUGAAUUUUUGUAAAAGUUAUUUGUAGAAAUGUUUUGUGGUAAAAUUGGUGUUGUUGUAAAAAAAAGCGAUAUACUUGUAAAGAAUUAACAUAAGUCUUUUCUAUAACGAUUUGUAUUACAUGUCCCCUCACAAUAUCAAUGUCUACUUCAUCAGAGCAUAUAAAGGGUGUUCCUGAACGAUAUAAGCAGGAUUUUAAUUAACUACCAAAGUUUUGACAGCAACCA